CAGCUGGAAGGAUGCUACUGUCGCCCGUGAUGUGUCUAUCGCCGGUAGGACGUAAAUGGACAAUUGACGGCAAAAAGCGAAGAGGAUUUAGCGAGAAAGGCUUGUCGCCGUGAGCUCCAAAGAUGGCCAGGCUCGCCGACUACUACGUGGUGGUCGGCUACGACCUCGACAAGCGAGUGGAGGGUGAAGGUCAAGGUCGCAUUCUCCAGCGGUUUCCUGAGAAAGACUGGGAGGACAGCCCGUUCCCACAAGGCAUAGAGCUGUUCUGUCAGCCCAGCGGUUGGCAGCUGGUUCCCGAGCGGCAGCCUGCCUCCUUCUUUGUAGCGGUUUUGACUGACAUCAACUCGGAGCGUCACUACUGUGCCUGCUUCACCUUCUGGGAGGGCCUUGACAACCCGCAGCUGCAGAAGGCCGAGGCCAGCGAGGCGGAUGAAGUGGAUGAGGAACUUGCUGUUGUCCAACAAGCUCAGGUCUUUGCCCCCAAGAGCCUGGUGCUGGUUUCCCGACUUGACUACACCGAAGUGUUCAGGAACUGUCUGGGUCUGAUCUACACCGUCCAUGUAGAUGGCCUGUCUGUCCCCUUGGAAACGGUGAUCGGAAAUCUCCUCACCUGUGUCAUCCCCAUCGCUGGAGGCUCCCAGAUAGAUGAGUCCCCAGUUUGUAGUUUAGACAAGGUUCCUCAGGCCUGUGACUGGCUGCUGGCCUGUCUCCAGCCGGGCCAGGAGGAGAGAGAGGAGAGUUUGAGGACAAUAACGUUAGGUGCUGGCGACCGGCAAGUUAUCCAGACUCCCAUCGAUGACUCGCUGCCUGUCAGCGGCACCAGCGUGGCCCAGCUCUUCAGACAGCUUGGUAUAGUCAACGUAUUGUAUCUGUUCUGUGCCGCACUGACGGAACAUAAGAUCCUGUUCCUGUCCAGCAGUUACCAGAGACUAACAGAUGCCUGCCGGGGGUUGCUGGCCAUCAUGUUCCCCCUCAAAUACAGCUUCACCUACGUUCCCAUCCUGCCGGGGAAACUACUAGAGGUCCUGAGCACCCCCACCCCCUUCAUCAUCGGUGUUAAUUCAUUCUUCCGCUCUGAGACACAAGAACUGUUGGAUGUGAUCAUCGCCGACCUGGACGGUGGCACGGUGACCAUCCCUGAGUGUGUCCACAUCUCCCUGCUGCCUGAGCCGCUCCUCCAGCAGACCCAGACUGUGCUCUCCAUGGUUUUGGAUCCAGAGCUGGAAGUGGCUGAUCAUGCCUUUCCCCCACUCUCUGCACAACCCUCCGCACUCAAGAUCCAGGAUAAGGAGAUCCGGGGAGUCUUCCUGUGGCUGUUUGGUCGGCUCUUCCAGGGCUAUCGCUGGUGUUUACACAUCAUCCGCAUUCACCCGGAACCAGUGAUCCGCUUCCAUAAGGCUGCCUUCCUGGGUCAGAGAGCGCUGACAGAAGAUGACUUUCUCAUGAAGGUGCUGGACGGCAUGGCGUUUGCAGGCUUCGUGUCAGAGCGUGGGCCUCCAUACAGAGUCACCGACCUCUUUGAUGAUCUGGUAGCCAAUCAAGUGGAGCGGAUCCGACAAGAGGAGACCUGUCCACACAAAGUCAUGAACCAUGUGAAGGAGCUGGCUGAACAGCUCUUCAAAAAUGAGAAUCCUUACCCCGCUGUGGCGAUGCACAAAGUCCAGCGACCGUCAGAAAACAGCCAGAGCAAUGCACAGAAUCAGACGCCGUUCCCUGUACUGGACGAGGUAGCGGUGCAGCUCUUCAUCGACCAUGCUGCCGCCAAACUCAAGACUGCACCCCCUGUGGUCAAGGCGGAGGUGAAGGGCAUGGUGCCAUCUGGGCCCCCACUGGGAGACAUCGUGGACAGGAACGGCCAUGUGAUGGCGAACAGCGCCCGCAGGCUGGAGGUGGUUAGGAACUGCAUCACGUACAUCUUUGAGAACAAAAUGCUGGAGGCCAAGAAGUUAAUGCCGGCUGUACUGCGAGCGUUGAAGGGUCGGGCAGCCCGGGUUUGUUUGACCCAGGAGCUCAAUCAGCAUGUCCUACAGAACCGAGCUGUGCUUGAUGACCAGCAGUUUGACUACAUUGUCCGAAUGAUGAACUGCACCUUACAGGACUGUUCGCAUAUAGAUGAACACGGUAUUGCAGCUGCUCUCCUUCCACUGGUCACAGCUUUCUGCAGAAAAAUGGGCGCAGGCAUCACCCAGUUUGCCUACAGCUGUGUGCAGGAGCACAUGGUUUGGACCACCAUGCAGUUCUGGGAGUCCAUGUUCUACAGCGACGUCCAGAACCACAUCAGAGCUCUGUACCUGGAGACGGACGAGGGAGAGCAGAACAGCUCCGAGCAGCAGGACGGGUCGGGCAGCGGGAGGGAAAUCAGCGCCCUGGAGCUGGCGUCGGAGCAGAGCCGGCUGUGGCCGACACUCAGCAAGGAAAUGCAGAUGGAGCGCGUGCAGAAGGAGGAGAGCACGGUGUUCAGUCAGGCCAUCCACUACGCCAACAGGAUGAGCUACCUGCUGCUGCCGCUGGACACCAGCAAGAACCGGCUGCUGAGGAGCUCUGGCCUCGGAGAUGUGGAGAGCGUCAGCAACAGCUACGUCACAAACAGUAUUGCAGGCAGCAUGGCGGAGAGCUACGACACAGAGAGCGGCUUCGAAGACGCCGAGAGCUCUGACGUGGCCAACUCCGUGGUGCGCUUUAUUAACCGCUUUGUUGACAAAGUGUGCAAUGAGAGCGGCGUGACCAACGAGCACCUGAAGGCUCUCCACACCAUGAUACCAGAUAUCGUUCAGAUGCACAUCGAGACGUUAGACGCAGUCCACAGGGAGAGCAAGAGACUGCCUCCUAUCCAAAAGCCCAAGCUGCUGAGGCCGACACUGUUACCUGGCGAGGAGCUGGUGAUGGACGGCAUGCGGGUCCACCUGAUCCCAGAUGGCCGUGAGGAAGCCACGGGGCUGAUGGGUGGUCCUCCCCUGCUCCCCGCUGAGGGCGCCAUCUUCCUCACCACCUACCGGCUCAUCUUCAAGGGCACACCCACCGACCCGCUGGUGGGAGAGCAGGUGGUGACUCGCUCGUUCCCCAUCGCUUCUCUGACUAAGGAGAAGAGGAUCUCAGUCACUUUACCCAUGGACCAGUUUGUCCAGGAGGGGCUACAGCUACGCUCCUGCACCUUCCAGCUGAUGAAGAUUGCGUUUGACGAAGAGGUGGCAUCAGACCUGGCAGAGGUUUUCAGGAAGCACAUGCACAAGCUGCGCUAUCCUCAGCACGUCCAGGGCACAUUCGCCUUCACUGUGGGCCAGAGCGGGAAGAUGGUGGUGGAGCACAAGACCAAGGACAAGAACCAGUCGCUCAAGACACUUUCCAAAAACCUGGUGAAGACUGCCAAGAGGACCAUCGGCCGGCAGUAUGUGACCAGGAAGAAGUAUUCUCCCCCCACCUGGGAGAACAGGAGCAGCUUCCAGUCAGAGCUCGAUGAGGACGAAAUCUCAGUUUCAGAGGAAGUGGACCAGAGCUCCCUCACACUCUCCUCCACCAUCCGCUCAUCUGACAGGCAAACCAUGAGCAAUGUUGUGGAGCGUGCUUGUUGCCGCGACUACCAGCGACUGGGUCUGGGCACGCUCAGUAACAGCCUGACGCGUUCUAAGAAUGAGCCUUUUAGGAUUUCGACUGUCAAUCGCAUGUACACUGUCUGCAGGAGCUACCCCGGCCUGCUGAUUGUGCCUCAGAGCAUCCCCGACACAACUAUCCAGAGAAUCUGCCGCUGCUACCGGCAGAAUCGCUUCCCCGUAGUUUGCUGGAGGAACUCACGAACAAAGGCCGUCCUGCUGCGAUCUGCAGGCCUCCACGCCAAGGGGGUGGUGGGCUUCUUCAAGUCCCCCAACGCCCCUGCUUCAGUGCCCUCCCAGGCAGACUCCACCAGUCUGGAGCAGGAGAAAUACCUGCAGGCCAUCAUCAGCUCCAUGCCUUCAUACAGCGAGAGCAGCGGCAGGAACACACUCAGCGGCUUCACCUCCACACACAUGAGCACCUCCGACUCCUCAGACAAGCUGAGGCAGCCCAAGAUCGGCGCUCUGAUGAAGCAGGUGAUGGGCACCAAGGAGGAUGUUCCUGGAACUUUCAGCAGAGGAGCUCUGGGUCAAAGGGCGAAAGUCAUCUCCCUCUCUCAGCCCAAAGUGUCUGGCAAGGCCAGGAACCCUCCUAGAGGUAAAUGGGGCAGUAUACGAGGCAGCGGGCGUUUAAGUGCCUAUAACCCAGACGUGGGGACGCGCCUGGCAGGUAAAGAGUCUCCACAGCCCAACGGAGGGCCGAGCGAAGCGCUGUUUCUCCGCCAGCAGAAGGCCUACCUCUACAUCAUUGGAGACAAGGCCCAGCUUAAGGGAGGGAAGCAGGACUCGUUCCAGCAGUGGGAGGUUGUCCCCAUCGAGGUGUGUGACGUGCGGCAGGUGAAGAACAGUUUCAAGAAGCUGAUGAAGGCCUGCGUACCGAGCUCCCAGACCUCCGACCCCAACAUGAGCUUCCUGCGCUGCCUGGAGGACUCUGAGUGGAUGGCUCUGCUCCACAGGGUGCUGCAGGUGUCCGUGCUGGUGGUGGAGCUCCUGGAUACGGGCUCGUCUGUCAUGGUCAGCCUGGAGGACGGCUGGGACGUCACCACACAGGUGGUGUCACUGGUGCAGCUGCUGUCUGAUCCGUACUACCGAACCUUUGACGGUUUCCGGCUGCUGGUGGAGAAGGAGUGGCUGUCAUUCGGACACAGAUUCAGCCACCGGGGUGCACAGACGCUGGGCAGCCAGAGCAGCGGCUUCACCCCCGUCUUCCUGCAGUUCCUCGACUGCGUACAUCAGAUCCACCUCCAGUUCCCCAUGGAGUUUGAGUUCAGUCAGUACUACCUGAAGUUUUUGGCUUACCACUACGUGUCCAACCGCUUCCGCACCUUCCUGCUCGACUCCGACUAUGAACGCAUCGAGCUGGGAGUGCUGUAUGAGGAGAAAGGAGAGAGGAGAAGCCCUCAGGUGUGUAAGUCUGUGUGGGACUACAUCGACAGACUCAACAAGAAAACGCCCGUCUUCUACAACUACAUGUUCUCUCCUGAAGAUGACGAGGUGUUGCGGCCGUACACCUUCAACUCCAACCUGAAGGUGUGGGACUUCUACAUGGAGGAGACCCUGUCAGAGGGGCCGUCCUACGACUGGGAGCUGAGGGGCCGGCAGGAGCGCGUGGCGGAGGAGACGCCGGAGAAACCCGACAGCAGCGGCCCCAAAUCUCAGCGCCGCAUCGUGUGGCCGUGCUACGACAGCCUGAGCAAGGCUGUGCCCGACGCCAUCACCAAGCUGCUGCAGGACCUGCAGAGCCUGGAGGCGGAGCUCGGCCAGACGUCGGAAAAGUGGAAGGACACAUGGGACAAAAUCAAGACCACACAGAGAACGGAGACCAAACUGGAAAGCAAGCCCUCGUUCUCCAGCUCCUUGCUGAUGUCGUCCAACCUGAGCCACCAGCGGCGCUCUCAGGGCGUCUACCUGCAGGAGAGCGGCGUGGGAUCUUCCAUCAACCUGGCCCUGGACUGCGAGGCCAGCGCCACCUCCACGCCCGUCGCCGGUCGGCCGAGCACCAGCACGCUCUACAGCCAGUUCCAGAGCACCGAGAGCGAGAACAGGAGUUUUGAAGGCAUCCUGUUUAAGAAAGGGGCGUUGUUGAAACCAUGGAAACCACGGUGGUUUGUGUUGGAUAAGACCAAACAUCAGCUGAGAUACUACGAGAGCAGGCAGGACAAGGAGUGUAAAGGGGUGAUCGAGCUGGCCGACGUGGAGUCUGUCAUUCCAGGAACGCCUGCCAUGGGAGCACCGAAAAACAUCGAGGAGAAAGCCUUCUUUGAUCUCAAGACGACCAAACGAGUGUACAACUUCUGUGCCCAGGACAGCCUGAACGCACAGCUGUGGAUGGACAGUGUUCAGAGCUGCCUGUCAGACGCCUAGAGAGGAGGCGGGACUCUUUACGGAGCAAUGCAACCAGGAACGAAUGAGCAGUGCUGCGGCACCUGACGGACAUCUCUGCCGGCCCAUCCCAGCGGAAGCAGGGAGGGAGGAGGGGCCUUUCACCACUUAAGCUCUGUUCUAGUGUUGAACUAAUAACCUCGCGUCACAACGUUUCAGUGUUUUUGUUAUAAAAAAAUCCAAAAAAAAGAAAAAAAAAGUCCCUGAAGAACCACUCGCUGUUGUCUCACCUGCAGCCUCUCACCUCCCCGACAGUCUGAUGUGCGCUGGAUGUCUGUGUGCGCAAAAACAAUGGAUUUUAAAGCACGUUGUUGCAUCUUUGUGAGGCAGCCUGCAGCAUGAAGAUCUUUCCAGACCCUCCACCUGUAAACCACAUCCCGCUCUCCCUCCUACUAACCCUGCUUGCCCUUUAACGUACUCCGGGGAGGAAUGACGGAGGAGCUGCAGUCGGCCAAGCCACAUACAGGACCCGUUAGACUGCUGCAAAAAAGGAUCUACAAGAUCGACCGGUAGGGUUGACGGACCAAAACAACCCUGAGGAACACAUGCUGACGCUCUUUAUUCCAGUCCUCAAAGGUCUCUGCUCUCUUUGCCUCUCACUGCCUGAUGUAGCUCGUUCACAGUAUAUUUACACAAAUUGAAGAGUGUGACGCUGCAGCUGCAAGGGGAGAGAGUGGACUCCUCAAUGGUUCAUGAAGGAUUUCUGUUUUUCUUCUCCAAAAUCUCAAAUCUGCACCAGAUCAACGCUCAUCGUCUGUCCCGAGCGGGCGGCGAUGGCGAUAUACUGUGAAAGCCAUGAACCAGUCGCAGAGAUCAAAACCAGGAGAGCCAGUCGGAGGUCGGAGUCUGUCAGGUAUUUGAGUGUGUCGGUGAACUUUCACUGAGAGUGUUUACAAAGUAGACAAAAAAGUUCCCUCACUAAGCUAAACUCUGCUCUUCACCUGUGUGUUUUUAAUCAGUGCAACCACUAUUAACAUUCAGAUUUUUAAGGGACGCCGAAGGAAAAAGGAGGGACUUUAUUUUGUAGUGAUAUCUUUAAAGCAAUCUAUAGAAGGAGAUCUGGAAGGUAGGAGGGAUACUAAUGAACAGAGUGAUAUUAUGGGAUGCUUCAGAGAGACUACGGAUUUCAGAUGAUGGACGUCGACUCGCCACAGUGCUCUAAGUGUUGGAAAAUGGAUGUUUGUAAAUGGACAAUUCUGGUAUUUCCCAACCUCAGUCUUAAUCUCAUGAUGGAGCCCAUUAUGGGACAUGCUGACUUUGCAUUUUGUGACGAGAACAAAAAAAAAUACACACAGUUUGUUGAGGCAAGCAGUGUCAGCCACCAAAAGCUUUCUGGAAGAUAUCAGUUUAGUUUUGAAUGUCCAAUAUGAAUUUUUCCCUAUGCCUCCUUUCUUUUUUUUGUUUGUUUGUUUUCAUGAAGACAGUCAAGCAACACUGUUAAACUGCCGGAUUUUUGACCAGGGUUUGGUGGGACAUUCAAGGUGACAGCAAUGUGCAUGUGCAACGGUUUUUGCCAAAACUAGAUAUCAAACAAAAGCUAGAGACUGUAUCGUGUGAAGUUCUUGUGAGCUGUAAAUUCACCCCUUGUAAGGAGAAGGCAGACGGUCUCAAGCCUGACCGUGCAAAGCUUCUCUACCAUCAGGCAGCUGCCUCCAUCUCAGACUCACUCUGGGUCUGCAGCUUCCUGUACCCGCUGCAGACAUCUUCACUGAGCGGAUAGGACGACUUGACGUAGUGUAAGGAUUUUACCCGAGAGAUUAUCCACAAAAAAGGUCCACUGACCGACAACCCCCUAAAAAACCUGAAAAGUUUAAGGCGACUAAGAUCUUGAAUUUUCUUACUUUCAGGGGGCAGCCCUGAUCUAUUUUAUUUUGUAAAUAAUUUGGCCUAAAAUUUGCUUUUUUUUUUUUUUUUUAAACCCGGCCGGAAGUAAAUGCAGAAAUUAUUAUCUCUAGAUUAGCGACUGCGAGCUGAUUGUAUUGUAAACAGCUGCGUUAGCAAACUAGCUGUACGGUUAAUGUAGCGUUACGGUUGAUAAACAGGCAGCUGCUUGGUUAGCCUAUACUCUAUGCAGUUAGCUACAAAAGCUAAUUCAGGGAGUUAAUAUCUGUGUUAACUUUUGUUUGCACUCUUAGACAAGUGUGAAAAAUGAUGAGUGUGAAGUUUUUUCAGAAAGCUUCAGGAGGCUGACACUGCUCAUCCCCGAUAUACCCGAGGAAAAAAACACAUCAAUUAAACAUCAACCUUUUAAGAAAAAUGACCACUUUUCAGCUGUGCAGUGUGAUUCUAGUGCUAAUAGUGAAUUACUUUAAUGUUAAUUUAGCUUAAAAUGUAUGAGAAUUUUCACAACCCACAGAGAAAUCUAGCUUAAGUUUCUCUAAAACAUUCAGAAUGACAGAAUUUUUAAACAUUUGUUUUUUUCUUUAAACCACAAUAUGUUGUCUACUGGAGUCACUUUUCUUAAAUGUGUUACCAGCUGAGAUGGUGCUGAGUGCAAACUCAUCAUGACUCUGUCACAAUGGCCACAACUAUACAAACAAAAAAAAGACUGAAGUUGAAAAAUAGCAGAAUUUUUCCUUCAAGGAUUCUGGGAAAUGGAAAGUCAUUCAAACGUGUGUGAGAGCCGGUCACAUAUAUACAAGGUUCCAUCACAUUCACUUAUACUCAGUUCAAACUCACUUCCUGUUUUAGAUGCAUCGACAGUCUGCAUCAACAGGACGCCACUGUCCCCCCUCUGUGCUGAAGCUUGUACAUAAACGAGUCGACAUCUGUUAGAGAGCUCUAGAGAAACAGUACGUUUAGCUAAAAGGUUUCAAACAUCAAGUCACUUUUAUUUUUCAUGUCAUUGUUUUGUCCCCCCUCCCCGCCUCUGUCCUCCACACACACACA